AUGCAGGAGGCAAAGUCAGUCCCGAAGUUCGCCAGCUUCAAAGCGAAGCCAGCCCCGCCGACCGAAGAUGUGAAGAAGUCGCGUCGCUUGGAUGACGGAGAGCAAGACGAAAGACGUCGACAUCGAUCCAAACAUCACCGCCACCAUCACCGUUCUCAUUCUCGAGAUCGACAUCACAGACGCAAAUCGGAAGGGCCAACUCGGGAUGCUUCUCCACCACCUCAGACCAAAGAGGAAUCGCAGGACUUUUACAAGAUCGAUCAUACAAAAGAAGGAAAUGUUUUUCGAGUUCGCCAAAACCUCGUCACGGACAAUACUGAUGACGCCGUCCAGAGCUUCAUUCCACUCAGUCACGAUGGCAGUCGAAAGAGGCGCAAGAUGUCGGGUGGAUACGUUAGUGAUGUUUCUGAUGAGACUGAAAAGUAUGGAUACCGAUCAAUUUACGGGAAAGCGAAGCCCGAAGUAGAUAUUCCGAGUGAUAUGGAAGCAUCUUUGGAAUCGGAUACAGACGAAGAAGGUGGUACAGUCAAAUGGGAUCGAGAGGCAAAUAAAAGAAAUUCUGAGCUUCUGAGUCGAGCAGAAGACGAUCCUGGAGAUGUUGAUGCAUGGCUUGAAGUGAUCAAAUAUCAGGAUACUCUUCUGCUUGGGUCAGGUAGUACUCGGCAGUUGACUGCAGCUGAGAAACGGAAUCUUGCUGACAUUAAACUGUCAUUAUACGAAAAAGCACUGAAAAAGGUCGGGAAAAAGCAUGGGAAGGAUCGCUUGCUGCUCGGAUAUUUGGAGGAAGGAGCCAGUUUAUGGGAAUCGAAGAGACUGGCUGAACAAUGGCAUGCCGUCCUCCAACAUAAUCCAGGCUACAUUAACCUGUGGGUGCGCUACAUAGACUUCCGCCAAACUGAGUUUCUCAACUUUACGUUUGAACGAUGCAAGAAUGUUUACCUGGAAUGCAUGGCUUUGAAUGCAUCGACCACACAAAAUACAGAACAAGAAUUGAUUCAUGUGUAUCUUUUUCUGCGGAUGACGUUGUUCAUGCGUGAAGCAGGGUACUCUGAGUUGGCUGUCGGCCUUUGGCAAGCUGUCCUGGAAAUGACUUUGUUCUGUCCUGACAGGUACUUGAAUUCGUCCAAAGCUGAUAUACUGGACGGAUUUGCUUCGUUUUGGGAGUCGGAAGUUGCGCGCAUUGGAGAGCCUGGAGCGAAAGGCUGGAGUAGUAACAAAAGCUCCGAAUCGGAUACUGUCGAGAAUGACGCCAAAACACGGAUUGACUCAGAAACAUUAUUCUCGUCAUGGAGCAUUGAAGAGCGACGAUUGAGUCGUAGUGCUCGUUUACCUGCAAGAACUGUGGACAUUGUUGAGAAUGAUGACCCUUUUCGUGUAGUCUUGUGGUCCGAUAUUGAACCAUUUCUUUCUUACUUUGCCAGCUGGAAGGAUAAGGGCAUUCUCGUCCACGAUUUUCUAGAAUUCUGUUGUCUCCCAUCUUUGCACCAGACACCUACUUCUGCUUCUGGUGGUACCCCAUUUUUACGUACCGAGUUGGUUCAUUUGCCAGAUGCUUCUAUCCUCCGCAUGAUCAAAGCUGAUCCUAACGAGGCAGCACAGCCCGAUUCUACAGUUUAUGAUAUGGCCCCUUUACAGAAUAUGAUACAUUCGGUGGAUACGUUAUUUGCGGGCGGUGAUUGGUUUCAGUCAAUGACACUUUGGAAACAGAUUUCCAAGAACAAGGAGACAACUAUUGAUGUCCAAUGGGUCCAGCGAUCUCUAAGGCUUUUGGUCGGCGCAGCGUCUCAUGACGAUGAAUUGGCCGAGCGGGCGUUGGCCGUUGAAUAUGCAAUGGAUCCGAAUGAAGGAGAGAAGUAUGCAAAGGCUUUACUCAAAAAGAGAUCGUCUAGUCUACGGCUCUAUAACGCAUUUGCUUUGAUGAAGAGUCGCUCCGGCAAUUUCUCGAUAGCGUCGCAUGUAUGGGCCACCACAUUUUCCAUGGCUGCAAAUUUGUCCCAGGCUCAGAGACUAGAGUAUGGUACACUUAUACGCAGCUGGGUAUGGGAAUAUUUGGUAUCUGGAAAUGAAGAAUCUGCAAUUCAGGUGUUGACGUCAAUUCCAAGCUUUACAAUCAAUGUCGAGGUUUUGCAACAACCGGGGCAGAGUGACAUGAGUUCAGCUCAAUUUUUGAAAACAGAGGAGUUUUUAAUGGAAUGUUCUGCUCGCUCUCGAUCACUUCAGGAUCUAGCUCCCUUUAUAGCUUGGACGGAUUUGACAGCUUUACUGCACUAUCUCUUCAACUCUUUUGAUUUGUCCUCCACUCUCAGAGUUUAUAGGAUGGAGUUCAACCAACUCAAAUCAUCUUCCCUUGUGAGCGAAAGCUUCAAGUUUUGUGCUUUGGAAAGUUUACACCAAUCCCGCUCUCGCCUUUUAUACCACCAUAUCACAGCAAAACGCGCCUACAAGCCAGCCGCCAUACGGGAGUUACUUGUCGAAAGCACAACCCUCUUUCCGCACAACACCAUGCUCCUGUCACUAUUCUCCUGGAACGAAUCCCGUUUCCGCGUCGAUGAACGCAUCCGCAGCGCAUUCGCAUCUCAGCAAAGAAACCCAACGGAAACGCCGAUAACAUCAUCCCUCCUCACUAUCCUCACCGAACUCACCCGCCCCAUCUACACCGGAUCAACAAUCCACUCUGUCCGUGCGGCGUUUGAGCGUGCCUUACAGCCUUCCUCUUCAAACGCAGCGGCAACACCAUCCCCAUCCCUUUGGAAAUUAUACAUCCUCUUCGAACUCUAUCGCGCAAAGGACAUCAAUGCGACGAACAAAGUCUUUUAUCGUGCUAUGAGGGCUUGUCCAUGGUCAAAAGAUAUCCUAAUGCUCGCUUUUCCGACCAGUAACGAAAAUGACGGAUCUGUGGUGGUGGAUGACUGGUGGGAAUUACAUAGAAUAUACAAUGUUCUUCUUGAUAAGGAGUUACGGGUUCACGUUGAGAUUGAUGAUGCCACCUUUGAAGAGGGGGAGAGGAAGUGGGUUGAGAGGGAGCAUGAGAGGGGACUUGAGCAUGUUCAGGGGGGUAGGAGACGCAGGAAGAAGGAUGUCGUUUAUUUACCUGAUGAUCCUGAUACGGAAUAA